AUGGUUAUGUACAUUGUCCCCCCAACUCGACCCCAUCGGUCUCUAAUCGGUCAACCCAUCAUCGGCAUGGGCUCAUUGUCCUCUUACUCAACAUCCUAUACGCCCUCAUCAUCCUCUUCACCUGCGUCCGGAAGCAGCGGCAGCAGCAACAACAGCAACAGAAGCCGAAGAACUAAAUCCUCGAAUACAUACUACUCUUCUACUGGACUCGCGUCGUCGAAUGCUAGUUUCUCAAGAUACCCACCAUGUCCGCCUGCCUACGAGAAUCGGCGUCUUCGUCGCCGCGAUGCGUUUGGGAUUGGUGAAGCAGCGGCGUUGACGACGCGGAUGACUCCAAUAGCGACGACGACGACGACAUCGAGUCGCAGAAAGCUUGAGAUGCCUAUUGAGCGGAUUCCAGCUCUUGUGAGAGACGGGAGACGGUCACGAUAUGGUAACUAUUACCACAUUGACGAGGAACUGGACGAUCUCUACGAGGGGCGAUACCCAUACCCGAGGGGGGUGCAAGAGAGGAGGGACUAUAGGUACAGCAGACGGCAUGGAGAGAAUCGCCUGAGAUCUUUCAGUGAACAUGCAAGAAGUUCAGGGCGACAGGAGUUGAUUGAUUUGAUGGGGUACGCUUAUGACGAUGACGAGGACAUUUCGUCGUGGACGAGAUAUUGCAGGACUUGCCGAUGA